AUGGGUAAAAGAUUUUCGGAAUCGGCAGCUAAAAAGGCAGAAGGGCUAGCAAGGAAAAAACAACAGGCGAACGCAAAACAAAGAGCGGAACAGGAAAGACUAGAAGCUGAAGAAGCAUCAAAAUGGGAGACGGGUUCUCGUCAACCUAACCAGAAAAAGAUUUUAGAGGAGCAAAAGAAGCAAGAAAAGCUAAAAGCCAAGAAGGAGCGUGAUGCUCUCCUGGCAGACGAACAUGAAAUUAUUGCCAGUGAACGCAAAUGUAAAAGAAGGUAG